GCAUGAAACACUUUUGAGUCAACAAACCCAGUCGACUAGUAGUCAACAAACCCAGGUGGCCACCAUAUAUUAUGAUACAGUAGUCAGCAAAACCAGGUGACCAUUGUGAAACAGUUGUCAAUAAGGCAUAGUGACAAUCAUGAAACUUUGCUUACCGUCGUGAUACAGUUGUCAAUAUUAUAAGCCAUGGUGACUGUUGUGAUACAGCAGUUAUAAAGUAGAAAGAAAAUUUUUAUUUGAUAAGUGUAAUUGCUGUGCCAAUGUGCAUUUACUAUUGAACAGAAUUUUGCAUAACAUUUACAAUCAAAAUGACCUUUUAUUUCCACGGAGUAACCUGUUCAGCUUAACAACAACAUGUGUUACAUUGAUUACAACAUAAAUCUACUGAUAUUUUCUUGAGGACUUGGAUAUAUGAGAACUAAUGAAAGAAUCAUAAGAAUUGAAUGCUUUUGCUCUCAGUGCAUUUUGUAUCCAUGUUAAAACUCAAUGGUUGUUUUAAGUGUUGAUAAUUAAUAAGGAAGCUGGUAAAGCUACUUUAUUUUCUAUAAGUGGCUGUGUACUGUUAAAGAUUAGGCACUGGAAAGGAGAGAUAUGAUUUAUUUUACAAGGAAUAGGGAAAAUAACUAUAAAUAUACUGGUCCCAUUAUAAAACUGCAUGCAUACUUACUUCAGUAUUAAAUACAUCAGAACAUUGAUUUGUGAUAUACAAUGUAUGUGAUAUAAAUAGUGUUAACUGAACCAUUAAAUGUUAGUAAAAAGUUUAGAUGUUUUAAACUUCUCAAAUGAAGAGUUGAUGAUUAAAAAACCGUCUGACUUUUGUGGUAUUAAAAGAACUAUGCUUUAAAGUUUUGGAUGAAUAUGGUGAUUCACAUAUGCCUUUCAAAAUGUUUAAAUAGUUUUUAUACAUAAAUGGUAUGCAUAGAGAGUAAUUUGAUGCAUAUAAGUCAAUAAUAGCACACUGAGUAUAAUCAUUGUGAAUUUGUGACAACAGAUUUUACAUUUAUAUAACUAUUGGAAUAUUGGAUAGUUUAAUGAUGUGGAUUGCAUAUCGGAUCAUUUACAAGAUCUCUUUGAGCCAGGAAAAUAGUAAAUAUGAGAAUUUUAUGAUGCUAUAUGCUUUUAAUAAUCUGUUUUAAUUGUUGGUAGCUUAAACAAGGAAAGACAAUGAAGACGGCUAUUCCAUCAUACCUGAAGCUUGGAUCAAUUUUUGUUAUUUGCAUGUGUUUAUUUGUGUACUUGAACUGGGAUACGGUGCCACCAAGGAACAUCUCGUACAUGAACUUUACGGUUGUUCGGGAGAAAGGUAAUGUUGUACAUCUGGUGCCAGAGAUAAACACUACCAGCGAGCAGGUCUAUAAGAGAAUUACGGAAACAUACAAUACUCGAGAUAGGGAGUAUGAUUUGCGAAUUAUUGUUGUUGUUUAUAAUCGAGCCCAGUCUCUGACCAGGCUUUUAAAUUCGUUGAACGAGGCUGAAUACGGUAAAGAUUUCAUAAAACUUGAGGUGUGGAUUGACAGAUCUAUAGAUCAAAUGAUUGAUUCAUUGACAUUAAGAAGUGCAAAUGAAUUUAGAUUUAAGCAUGGCCAGUAUAGUGUCAUACAACAUCCGCGUCAUGUAGGGAUAUAUGGACAAUGGCUUACUACAUGGAAACCAAAGAUAAAUAGUUCUGAAAUAGCGGUGAUACUAGAAGACGAUUUAACAGUGUCACCCUAUUUUUACAAAUAUUUAAAACUAGUCCAUCGUAAAUAUGACUCGUAUCCUGAUGUGAACGGAUAUGCGUUGCAGGGAUCAACAAUUAAGCAUUCUGUGAGGGAUUCUUCCCAAUUACAAGGACCUAAAGGAAGCUUAGUGUUUCUUUAUCCAGUUCUUGGAACAUGGGGAUUUUCACCAAACCCCAAAAAAUGGAUCAAGUUUUUAGAUUGGUUUGCUGUUGCCAGUAGAAAUAAGGACUACCAGCUUAAUGUUCCGGGAAAUGUAGUUUCAGACUGGUACAGGCAAUUCCAGCGCGAGGGUAAAACAUCUAGCAUUUGGUCAAUUUGGCAUAUAUACUAUGCAUGGAAGAAUAAUGAAUACACCCUGUACUCUAAUUUUGAAGGACAUGCUGGACUUUCAACAAAUUGGCAAGAAGAUGGACUUCAUUAUUUAAAUAUAAGGAAAACUACAAAUAUUUUGUUGACAGAAUGGAAGCCAGAAUAUGAAAUACUCCCCGACAAACCUCAUCAUGUAGAUAUUGCUGGAAAGGUUAUAUCAUAAAUAAGAAGAUUAUAAGGAAACAGGAAAAAUCAUGUUACAUUAUAACAAAUAAGUAUAUUUUGUAUGAUGCCAUAAAACAACUGAUGUCAUCAAGAUUCAUAUGAUAUCAUGAACAAAGCAUGAUGUCAUUACUGUUUGUAUAAUGUUACCAAUCAUGUUGUCUGAUAAUGAACAAAGCAUAUUAAUGUCAUCACAUUUAGAUGAUGUCAUGAACAAAGCAUGAUGCCAUCACAUUAUAAAUACUUAUAAUGUCAUCAUAUCUCAUUUGUAUGUUGUAAUAUCCAUAGUAUGAUGUCAUUGAAUUAUAAUUAUAUGAUGUCAUAUACAAAGAAUGUUGUCAGAAUAACAGUAUUAUGUUUAAAGAUUUUUAAUUUCCAGUACAAGUUAUAAUGUAAUCUAGAGCACAUAUUGCAUCAUUCAUAUUGCUUCAUGUUACACAGUGUUACAAACAGAGUUAAGUGCAAAAAUUGUAACUUAUUGAGCUUAUAAGGAGUAAGUUAAGACAGUCUUGCAAUAGUUUAGCUCUGCUUUUAAAAGAAUCCGGGACUUUCCUUGUCAGAUGCUUUUUGCUGUAGUGUACAAUGUACCUUAAUAUUACAGAAUAUGUCAUUCUGUGCAAUAAAAAGAUCUUGUUACAAAAAUAUUUUUUUUAGUUUAUUGUUCUCCUUAUACAUUUAUGUGCUUUG